AUGAAUAAUCCGAUAUGUGAUUUAUACAAACAUAUUACAGCUCAAUCAAUCAUUCCAAAUAAUGACCACGACACAGAAAGAGGUCUCGUGAGUGACAGUUCAGAUGAUGAGGACCAGACUGAUACAUGGAACGUUGAAGAAAAACUUGACUCUAUUUCUGUGUCAAAUGGUGAACAGGUGAGAGAAUCAGACGAAGAAUUAGUCAAUGAGAAACAUUCGGGAGAAAAAGAGUCAUCCUCAGGUGAACAGGUGAAAGAACCAGACGAAGUAUUAAUAAAUGAGAAACAUUCCACAGAAAUAGGGUUAUCGUCAGAUGCUGAAACAUUGGAAGACGAAAUUUUGAAAGAUAUAGGGCUUGGCAGUAUCAAACAAGAAGUUUUACACAUUUUUAAAGCAGAUGGUCCAAAAAGUGCGGUUAGUUACCUGAAUGAGAAUGUGUCAAUGUGGAAAAAUGCGACGGUACGAAUAGCAGUUGCAGGAAAAAGUUCCGUUGGGAAAUCAACCUUCAUCAAUGCUAUUCGUGAUGUAAACAGUACUGACGAAGGUUCAGCUAACGAAGGAGAUGGUGAAACAACUUUGGUAGUACAGGAAUACCGACACCCAAAGAAUAAAGAGAUUAUAUAUUGCGACCUACCAGGGUAUGGAACUGUAACCAUGACAAGGAAAAUGUUUCUUGAGAAGGUGAAACUUCUGGACUACGAUUUAUUUUUCAUUUUUAUCAAUCCUGUCCCUACAGAAGAUGAUCAAUGGUUAACAGAACAGCUCAGAAAAGUCGAAAAGAAAUUUUGUUUUGUAAGGGCAAAAUUAGAUCUUGACAUCAAAAACCACAAAAAGAUGGGAAUUGCCGCAGAAAAUGUUCCAGCUGAAAUCAGGCGAACCAUUUUUGACGCUGUCAACGAUAUGUCACCCGUGAAAGAAGACGUAGAUAUAUUCUUGAUUUCGAAUAAGAACUUCAAGAUUGGUGAUAUGAAAAAAUUGAUUUCUUUUAUUGAAGCAAAAUUAUCAAGCUUAAAGUUUGACGCAUUUGCGUUUUGUUUAUCUUCAAUUGGUAAAGAAAUGAUUGAGGUAACAUACCAAAGGUUGCAAAACAGAAUUUCAUCCUUAGCAUUAAUGCUUGCAUGGUGUGACUAUGGUGUCCUAAAUUAUUGUGCAGGUGAAAUUGAUUUGUACUAUCAUUCAUUUGGACUAGAUAGUUUGGUGGAUGAUUAUAGACUCUUAAAUCUACGACACCCAUUUUCGGCAGAUUAUAUAGGUACGCUAAUAGAUCGUUUAUGCGAGGACUUUCCAGGAAUAUUGAAACAGGUGGUUCCAAUUUACAACACGGUUGUGUUAUAUCGUACAUAUAAACGUUUUUUCGAACAGCUAUUGGAUGAACUAAAAGACGAUUGUUGUACGAUGAUUGCAUAUACCAUUAAAAAGAAACUUCUUUCUGAAGAAACAGAAAAUCUUCAGUAA